CCUAAAUUCAUAGUGUGUACGAUUCAGGACAGUCUGAAAUCUCUUUUACAAAUGAAUACAUUUUCACAAAAUGAAAAACGAAAUAAACCUAAGAAAUAUUUAAAAUCAAAAGAAAACUUUUCAAUAAAAUUGAAAUUCAUCUAAAAAUUCCGCAAUGGAUAAUCUUAAAGUAAUAUAAAUUAAUUCGGUUAAGAAAUAAAAUUUAUUUUUGACUUAUGUAUCUUCUUCCAAAGUUUUAAUGAGUGCAUUUUUUGUGAAUUUAUUAAGAAGGAAAAAAAAGUGCGAAUGAACUGCUAAUUAUAAAAUUGUUAACAAACAAAAAAGAAACAACCAAUGCUGAGUUUUAAGUUGUGUAACCAUCAUGUUGCAAAUUUAAAGUCAUAGAAGUGUUCUCACAUCAAUUAAGCGCACUCAUACGGAUUUAUGCAACUUUCUUCGUUCUAGAUUACAUUUUAAUCGAUUUAUUACGUGAACCAACGGCAAUCUAUGACCGAACUUCGAAAAUAUUAUCGCAGUGUGCCUAUAUCUAUACGGUUCUUGAUUUAGUUAAUUUUGUGAAGAGAACAUGUCCUGGCUCCUGGCAAACAAAAAACACUACAAUGUACAAUAAAGCGGCUUUCAUCUGGACUGUUGCAUAAAAGGAUUGAAUGGAAUUUAAAGAACUGCUGAGAACCCUCGCUCGUGUGUGCUUCAUAAAGGACACUACUCAAAAUCAAAAGUGGAUGCAUUACAAAACUAAAGACAAUGUUCUGCUUCUUCAUACGAAUAUACAAAAUAUAUAUGUACGAGUAUAGUGGGGAAAUAUCUUUGUUAAAUGUUUUGGCUCACCUUUGAAUGAAAAAAAGCAGCAUCUACCAGUACGGGUGGUCAAGGGAAACGGAAGUGUCAUGUAAUUUUCUAAAUUAUAUACGUAUAAAACAGAGCAGCCAGCAGCGCAGCGCUGAGAAAAAAAUAUAUAAAACAAAGAAAGCUAAGCUAAGCUAAAUGCAAUGCGAUCGGAAAGCAAUUUGUGUAAUUUAGCAAAAAUGCCGUACAGUAUUUUAGAUUUAAGAUACAACAAUCAGAACAAACUCUUAGGGAUACGUUGCAAACAUCGAGUGAAAAAGGAAGAAUUCGUCAGUUCAGACCUUCUUCAUAAGGAAAUUCACCAGCUGAACAAAUUGUACUCUUUAAACGCUAGUUCCAACCGAACUAAUGUUUUCUAUCUAUCUUUGCUUCUACUAUUGUACUCGUGUGUGCUCAUAAGAGCCUCGACUUCUAUUCCGCCAGAAGAUUCGACUAGGGCUGGCUAUAAUGAUGAUCGUAGUGCGUUGGCCCUAAAUAAAUCUUUAUAUCGGAAUAGAAGCGACGAAAUUACGUCAUAUAUUUCGAGGGAGGAGACUUUACAACCAAGUAGAGUCACUCGUGAUGUAUCCAAUGUGCCUGAUGAAGAAGAUGAUUCAAGUUAUCGCGAUGACGAAAUGGAUGAGUACGAUCUACUUAUAAAUAACAAAUCCGCAAAAGGGAAGUAUAUCGGAGCACCGUGCAAUGAUUUCAAGUGUGAAGCCAGUCUUGUUCACGUAACCUGUGACAAGGAAACUCUCUUAUGUAGCUGCGAAAAAAACUAUCCAGUUGUACUCGGACGAACAAAGGGAUGCGAUAAACCUAAGAAACUUGGCGAACAAUGUUUUUACCAUGAAACAUGCAUGUACAGUGACGAAAACUCCCUCUGUGUUCAAGUACGCCAUAAUGCGCGUUGUCAAUGCGCUAAUGGCUUCCAUUCAGUCAGCUAUACGAAACCUUCUAGAAGAGUCUUUUGCACUCAAGAUAUUGAUGAACUCACAUCGGACCUUCCAACCCUGCUGGGUGUUUCAACUGGUAUCGCCGUACUCGCUGGAUUAAUUUGCAUGGUCCUGCACUUGUUCAGCAAAACAAAAUACCCUCGCCAUCGGAAUUUCGGUGAUGCCAACCUGCCCCCGCCAAUAAUGUAUUCCAGUGAUACAGGUAUCCCACUCACAGUUCAAUCCGGACGGCCAUCUUCACGUUCUAGCAUGCGUUCCAGCGGAUCGAUCGGUUCCUAUGGCAAUCGGCGUUCAUCCAGCACCAUGCAAUCGGGUUCUGGUGGCGGCUCGAAGGGUAUAUUGGUGUCAACAUCACGAACAGGUUCUCGACGACCAAGUCUAGCAUCCGUUCAUAGUACAAGUUCAUCAGUUCGUAGUUAUAGUAUGAUGCGUUUUGAAAAAGAAACUCAACAGAGGGAGCUGCGGCAAGAAAUGAAACUAAGAUUGGCACGGCUGCAGCAUCAGCAGCACAUGAGUCAUAAUAAGCCGCAAAUCGUAAUUGGAGACACUGCAGCAGUCCAACAACAUAAUGCAAUUGCUAGAGUUAAUGUGCCAACUCCAAGCCCUCUAACGCCUAAUUCAACAGAUGAACUAUUGCCUUCCGUAGAUGAAACUCAAGAAUUUGCUACCAAGCCGGAAGCGGUGACAGCCCCAAACGCUUACAAUGGUCCGUGUGCCUCUUCAACAGAAGAUCUCUGAGUAAAAUUAUAAUUUUUUAAACGAUCGAUAUAGAACAAUUUUUUACAAAUUAAUAAAAAUGUAGAUGGGGAACAAGGAAAAAAUUCUACACCAAAUAUUAUAGGUAAAGUUUGAGUUUGGUGUAUAUUAGCACGCGUAUGCAAAGAAAAAUCGUAAACAUAAAGGUAUUGCUUUUAUAAAUGUCAUCGGUGCUAAAUAUAUUAUAUU